GCAUGAGUAACAUGCCAAACAAACCAUAAUAAUUGAUACGUAAUUGGUAAAAAUAAACCGGGUAUAUAAAGCUGCUUUAAUUCGUCAUAGCCACCCAUUUAUAAGAAGAAAUAAUGGCUGAGGGUGGUGAAAGUGUCACAGGACUUGAUACAGAGCUUGCCACCCGAGGUAGCUUGACAAAUACUGAAAAUAAGAUGGAAGCUGUUUUUGAUGCAUUGCUGGAGAGAACCCGAAGUGAGAGAUUGAAUGAAUUGCAACAAAUUCAAAACAACAACAGACCUGUUACUGGACAGGAACACAGAAAUAACAUUAACCAGUUUAUGAAAAAAAAUAUUGAAAUACGAGAGAAUGUUACUGCGGCACAAGCAUCUGGAAAGGAAAAUGUUCCGUUUAAUACAAGCAAUGUCGAAGAGCACAGACCUGAGGCUGUUGUAAUUGAAAUCCAAGGCCUUUCUCAACAACAAAGAGUAUCAAAUACAUUGCAAACUGCAGCUUUCCGUCGACACCUUGAGGGUAUCAUUCGUGGAAGUAUUCGAUCAGUAGCACAGAAUCACAGUCCUGUAUCUUCGAAUAGACCAACUCCAUCACCUGCAAAUACCCCAGUCAGAGAACAGACUCCUGUUACUGAACCUACACCUGUUGUUGCUGAGCGACGAGACAGUGUAUCAAGCCACAGCACAACAUCUUCUUCUAGUGUAUCUGUUGAUUAUAACACAAGAGUUCAAGACCCUAGAGGUUUGCUUGGUGCUGUAUUGACUAAUAAUGCUACUCCACCACCACCCCCACCUCCUAUGCCUGCACAUGCUCAAGAAAGGCCAGUAAAUGUUGACUGGAAUAUUGUUGAGGAGAUUCAACAAGAAAGUCUCGUGCAGGAGGUCAGUGAGCUUGUACAUCGUAGACUUGUUACAUCCACCUUAGACGGAGAAUUUCGCAAUGUUUUGGAACUCCAUAUCAGGAAUCGUGUUGAUGCUACAGGAACAGAUGGACAUAGAGUACAGGAGUUUAUUCGUUCAAUUCCCCAGAGUCAUCCUCACAUUCAGAAUGAUUUCUCUAACAUUGGUAUACCACCACCAGGAGAGAACUGGGAGACUGCCUCUAUCACCAGCAUUAGUGCCACCGCUGUACCAUAUACUCAGACUAAUCUUCACAUGAGCAGGGAGAUAGCCUCACUGAAAGCACAAUUGCAAGAGAUGAAAAACAUGAUGAAGGUCAGUUUUGACCUCCAGUUGGAUAUUCAAAGAGCUAUUAGACAGGAAGUGGCUGCAGGCAUUGCUGCUGCUACAGGUGGAAAUGUUGCUUCGAACACUGUACCUCCGCAGAGUGCGACCACGGGCAGGGCGCAGCCUGUAAAUGAUACUCAUUGUUUGAUAUGCUUGGAUAAUCAUAGUGACUCGGUGCUGUAUCAGUGUGGUCACAUGUGCGUCUGCUUCCCAUGUGGCAGACAUCUAAUGGACAGAAAUGCCAAGUGUCCCGUGUGUAGGGCACCUAUCAGAGACAUAAUUAGAGCAUAUAAAUGUAAUCAAGAUUGAACACACUUUAUAUUGUUGCUAUGACUACAGACAUAUUGCAUGUUUGCAGAACAGUUCAAAGAAAAAAAACAUAUGUGUUCUGGCAUAAAAGGUUUGGAUGAGAUUAGGAAAAAACAUGUGUUGUA